AUGGCAUUGCGUCUGCUUCCGUUCGCUCCCGCGAAUAUGUCCCGCUCACGCCUCUCCGAAUCCCUCCAAUUUCCCCGUCUCGCUCGGUUCCUCCCGAUCACACCCAUCGCAACUAGCGGCUUCCUACAACCCGUCUCGAUCUCUCUCAAUAUUCCAUCCAUCCUCUCCGAUCUCUGGGACUCAGUCCUGCGCGCUGUCCCUAAGAAAAAGACCUCCCAUAUGAAGAAGCGUCAUCGACAAAUGGCCGGCAAGGCCCUCAAAGACGUGAAGAGCCUCAAUAGAUGUCCAGGCUGCGGUCAGAUCAAGCGUGCUCAUCUUCUGUGCCCCCACUGUGUCAAAGACAUCAAGGACUCGUGGAGGACCCUGGACAUGGCAUGA